AUAUAAACCCCUUUAACUAUCUCUAUUCACGGAAUCAGCUCACAAACAAAGAUAGCAUCUAAAUCACAGACCACACAAUCACUUACACUAUCCACCAAUACUUCCCAAAAACCCACUCUUCAAACAUGCCUCAAUCCACCAGCACCGUCACCGAGCAGCGCGCUCAGCCAUGGCAAGCCAUGCAAGAGGUCCAAAGCCUCUUCAAGCCCGAGAUGCCCGCCGCCACCGCCCAAUCUGGCGCCGACGCCACUUCCGAGACCGAGAAGAUUGAGGACAAGCCCUUGAAGCUCAACCUGUUCAGACAGAACUUGAAUGCCGCCACCACCAACAUUGCCGAUCUCAAGGAGGAGAACUGAAUUGUGAGACGCGGGAGGAAGAUGGUGGAGGGGGCUGUUGACGGAAGGAAGGAGCUGGCCGGGCUUGAAGACUUGACUGACCCAUUAGUCAUUCCUUGCUA